ACGUCAGUGAGGUGAAGUGCAGCCGGUGGCCAAUCUGCUGUUGCGCGGACUGGAUCAGAACCAGUCAGCCGCUCCCAUUCCUCACAUCCCUCCGCGCUCCUCAUUGUGCUCUGCUGACUCAGUGCCUUAAGCAUCAUCCGCUCUCAACGCCACUGGCACAAACCUCGACCAGUGUGGAAAAUAACACGGAUUCAAGAAGGGACACCAUGGCCAAAACAGCAAUCGCAUACAAGGAGAAGAUGAAGGAGCUGUCCAUGCUCUCGCUCAUCUGCUCCUGCUUCAGCCCACAGACACGCAACAACCUUGUCUGUGAGUUUGAAGAUAUGGAAGUAAAGCCAAUAAACAAAAGGGCCUCAGGCCAGGCCUUCGAGGUGAUUCUGAAACCUCCCUCACCCGUGUCAGACGUGGCCCACAGCAUCACCUCUCCUCCAAAGAAGAGGGAUAUGUCACUGGAAGACAUCCAGAAGAAGCUGGAGGCUGCUGAGAACCGCAGGAGGUCCCAGGAAGCUCAUGUGCUCAAAGUUCUGGCUGAGAAACGUGAGCACGAGAGGGAUGUGCUGCUCAAAGCCAUGGAGGAAAACAGCAACUUCAGCAAGAUGGCAGAGGAAAAGCUCAUUCUGAAGAUGGAGCAGAACAAGGAAAACCGUGAGGCCCAACUGGCAGCUAUGAUAGAACGCCUGCAUGAGAAGGAGCGACAUGCUGCAAUUGUUCGCAGGAACAAGGAGCUGAGGGAAGAACUAAUAGCGUGAAGUUAUUCUCCUCCUCCUCCUCAUACCCUUCAUCAGCAAACCCGUCAUCCUAUCCUGCUCACACACACACACAUAACCACUGGUAAACACCAGUCAGAACAACUAGUGUCACACUCGUAUACAGUUUGAACGGUCUUGCUUGAUUUCAUUAUGGAAGCCCGUUUCUGCCACGAAAUAAAAAAUA